AUGGCUGACACAAUAAAUGUGACUUCAUCUUCCAACCAGACCUGUGAUGCUGUUAACACUUCAGCCUAUCCUUUCUUUAUGCUGGUCUACAGUCUAGUGUUCCUGGUGGGGUUAAUCCUCAAUGGCUUCAUCAUGAAGUUUCACUUUUGUGGAGCACAGCAGCAGGCAUCGAGCAGCUUGAAGAUCUACCUGAAAAACCUGACAGCUGCUGACUUCCUGCUCUGCCUCUCUCUACCACUCCGCAUCACCCACUAUGCCAGCAGCUCUGUCAUCAUUCGUCAGCUCUACUGUAGUUUUGGAGCUUGUGCCAUCUUCCUCAACAUGUACGCCAGCAUCAUAUUCAUGGGCUACAUCGCUGCCAACAGGUAUCUAAAGAUCGUCCAGCCUUCAGGAACUCACAUCCUGCAUACAGUAAAAUCGGCCUACAUCAUUUCCAUAAUCACCUGGGUUUUUCUCCUGGUUCCGACUGUGACAUACACCAUCCUGUUUUUCAUCACCCAGACCCAAGUGACCUCUAACCCCAGCUGCUGUGAUCCCUUCUUUAGUGAAUCAAUCAAGCUGUUCUUCACAAUCAUCCACACUUUGUCUCCCAUCAUCUUCCUCGUGGUCUUCAUAUCCCUGGUCUUCUUCUACUACAGCACCUCCCGCAGGGUGUUGCGGGCACAGCAGAGGCAGCUGGCCUCCUCUGGCUCCGAGAAGCUUAUCAAGCCUCGCAGGAACAUGUUAGUGCUGGUCAGCAUCUUCUGUGUUUGCUUUGUCCCCUAUCACCUGGCUCGUCUUCCCUAUAGUCUUCUGUGGAGCAAUGACUCUGUAGGCUCAGUCUUGAACUAUGUAAUGGAGGUGACCACCAUGGUGGCAGUUUUCAAUGUCUGCCUGGACCCUGUUGUUUACUUUUUCCUCUGUAAGUCUUUCCGGGCAAAGAUGAGGAAGGUGGCCAUUGUGACCAAUAUCCGACAAGCAACUGAAGAGAGAGGCAGACACAACACUGUGAGCACAGAAGCAGGCAUCAAGCAGCUUUCAACUCUGCCCUCAACAAUGAAGAGGAAGGAGACUCAUGUGGGCCAGAGAGGUGACAGACUGCUGAGCUACUUCAAGACAUGCUGA